AUGGGGUUUCAUAAAUAUUCAAAAUUAACCUUCAAGAGUAUAUUAUUUAAAUUUCCAAUUAAAAAAAUAGCCCUCAAUGUUUGUGAAAUCAGAUAUAAUCUGCUUGAAAUUCCUCAAAAAAGGGACCAUUUUUUGAAGAAUAUCUCGUAUGUGUCAGUUUGGAAUCUACAAAACCACCAAAAUUUACACUUAGAGUAA